AAACAAUGCGACUAAUAGUUCACGUGGUUGCCUCCGCUGUCUUAUUCUCAGAAGUCUCAUCCUAUGGCUUCAUGGACAAGGUUAAGCAUUUCCUUAGUGACGGGUACAAAUCGACUGUGUCUGGGAGCGCUGUGGAUGACGACAAAUGUGUGUACGUAUGGUCUUCAUUGACCUGUACGCCGGAAGACUCUUGCUCGCUGCAGUACGAGUUUGGCGACGUAACACCGUCUCAAGCGUGUCGAGUUAGUGCAUCAAGCAACGCAACUCGAGUACCGCAGCAGAUCCACUUGGCCUUCGCCGGAAAAGAAGCUGGUACGGGUAUGGCCGUCUCUUGGACAACGUUUGAGCUCGACAAGGACCCCACCGUAUGGCUAAGUCGUACCAAGUCGAAGCUUAAGAUAGUGGUAAAUGCUGAGAUCGAGACCAAGUCGUACUACAAGGACAAAACAUAUGAAUUGUACAGCUACCACGCAGUUGUGGGCGGGUUGAAGGCCAACACAGAAUAUUUUUACAAGGUCGGCAAUGCAGACAAUGAACACUUUCAAAGUGGAGAGAGCUCGUUUACGACGGCGCGUGCUAGCGGCGACAAGAGUCCGUUCACGAUCGCUGUGUAUGGUGAUCUGGGGGUAGACGACAACUCUGUGGCUUCCAACAAGUACGUGAACAGUAUUGUGGACGAAGUCGACUUUAUCUACCACGUGGGCGACGUCGCCUACGCAGAUAACGCAUUUCUUACCGCCAAAAACGUGUUCGGGUUUUAUUACGAGCAAAUGUACAACAAGUUCAUGAACUCGAUGACCAACGCAAUGCGUCACGUGGCGUAUAUGACGGUCGUCGGGAACCACGAGGCCGAAUGCCACUCACCGACGUGCCUUCUUUCGGACAGCAAGAAGGACCAACUCGGCAACUAUUCGGCGUUUAACUCACGGUUCCGAAUGCCAUCGCCAGAGACUGGUGGUGUACUGAAUAUGUGGUAUUCUUUUGAGUACGGAAGUGCUCACUUCACAUCGAUUUCGUCCGAGACAGACUACCCGAACGCACCAAGCAAUGCGUACCACACGAAUCGAGUCUAUGGCGGCUUUGGUGACCAGUUGGCUUGGCUGGAAGCAGAUCUGAAGGCUGCACAUCGCAAUCGUGACAAUGUACCGUGGCUUAUCGUGGGGAUGCAUCGACCGAUGUAUACAAUCCGCUCCUGUGGCGCGGAAGGCGUGCCCAACAACGAAUAUGAGGCGUUGAAUGUGCAGGCAGCUUUUGAAGACCUCUUUAUAAAGUACAAGGUGGACCUAGUGCUACAAGGCCACGUUCAUCUGUACGAGAGGCAUUACCCGACAGCGAACAGUAGCGCUGUCAUGGAUGGUGUCUCGAAUGAUACCAACACGUAUGAAAACCCUCGGGCCCCCGUGUAUGUAAUUGCGGGAUCCGCUGGUGGCCCAGAAGGUUUGUUUAAGUUCGAGAAUCCGCCGUCUCCCGAUUGGCUUGUGCUCAUGGAUAACACGCACUAUAGCAUUACGAAGUUAACUGUGACUCCGACGAACCUCACACUGACGAUGGUUGAGAGUGCUACUGGCACAGUUUUUGACGAAUUCUCCAUUAUCAAGCUGUAUGACAGUCAAGCUAAGUCUCAAUCUCAAUUAUACUAG